CUCAGUGUUCGUGCCCCACGAAUGCUUCGGGCUAACCCGGUGUUUAAAUCGAACGCAUCUGUCUUUCUCCUUCAUAAGGGGAGUCCAUCAAGUUUGUGUGAAGUUGUGAAAAGUUGUGUCAACCCGAAAAAGAGCAGAGAAACUCCUCCCGUCUUCAAAUUAUGAGCAAUCAGCAGCAGGGUGAAAUGGCCGCAGUGGAGAGCGGUGGAGGCUACAGUCAAAAGCGAGACACAGGAAAUUCACAAGACUCACAGCAGCCGUCUCCUCUCGCCUUGUUGGCAGCCACUUGCAGUCGAAUUGACACCCCAGGAGAGGGUGAUUCAUCUGCAGACCAACAACAACAAAACCAGCAGCAACAGCUGGACUUAAACCAGGGUGUUUUCACCUCCACAGCCAAUGGCUGGCAGGUUAUCCCUCUUAGUGUUCAAACAACCUCAGGCACUAACACUGUCACCACCGACUCCUCAGGGAUCAUGACAGUAGGAGACAUAGGCAAGUGCAGGCAGGUGUUGUCACAAUCAGCAGUUGCUGUUAGCACCCAGCAGCAGCAGCUUCAACAGCCACAGCAAUACGUAGUAGCUCAGACUCCAUCAAUGCACGGGCAGCAGAUGCUUACCACCAUGUCGGGUAUGAUGCCCAACAUCCAGUACCAGAUUAUUCCCCAGUUUCAGACGAUAGAUGGCCAGCCUCUGCAGUUGGCACAUGCUCAGCAGGAUAAUACGGUUUCUGCUGGAGCAGGGCAGCAGUUUCAGAUAGUGUCAUCCGCCAAUGGCCAGCAGAUCCUAGCUACGACCAACAGAGCUGGGGCUGGAGGAAACAUCAUAACAAUGCCCAGUCUCCUCCAGGGAGCCAUCCCCAUACAGAAUAUAAGCUUAGGUAAUGGCAUGUUACAAAACCAACCCCAGUUCCUGGCAAAUAUGCCUCUGUCAUUAAAUGGAAACAUCACUUUGUUACCCGUCAGCACCGGAACAAGUGGAGGGGGAGAUGCAAGUGGUGGAGGGGAUACAGGGGGGAACCAAAUUAUACAGCAACAUCCAGUGUGCAGCGCGGCAGCUUACAUGACAAGUGCGCCGACUAUCACCACGCAGGCCUCUUCUUAUGGAAUCGCCCAAACGCACAACAGCAAUGGAGUGACCUUCCAGCAGAGCGUAUCUUCUCUGGGUGUCCCCAUACAGCCAGACAACAGAGACGGGCUGCAGCCACAGCAGAUCCUGAUCCAGCCUCAGCAGAUCAUCCAAGGUGGAGCCCCCCUCCAGACCAUCCAGGCCGGUACUGUCACGACCGCUGGGGGUCAGGUCUUUGCGACUCCGACACUCAGCCAGGAAGGGCUUCAAAAUCUUCAAAUUAUGCCAAACACGGGCCCCUUCCUCCUGCGCACUGUAGGCCCCAACGGCCAGGUGAGCUGGCAGACCAUUCAGAUCCAGAGUCCAACGGGGCCUCAGAUAACGCUGGCCCCGAUGCAGUCUCUCCCUCAACUCGGCCAGGCUCAGGGGGGAGCUGGCGGAGUAUCUGUCAACACCGUGCAGAUCCCAGGCCUCCAGACCAUAAAUCUCAACACGAUCGGAGGCACUGGCCUGCAGAUGCACCAGCUGCAGACGGUUCCCAUCUCCAUCGCCAGCUCAGCAGUAGACCAGGCGCUGCAGGGGGGUGGAGAAAGUUUGGAUGACGGCACAGCUAUGGACGAUGAGGAUUUAAGCCCACAACCUCAAGGGCGACGUAACCGCAGAGAAGCCUGUACCUGCCCCUUCUGCAAGGACGGAGAGGGACGCAGGGACCCUAAUAAAAAGAAGCAGCACAUUUGUCACAUCUCUGGCUGUGGGAAGAUCUACGGCAAGACGUCCCACCUGAGGGCUCACCUGCGAUGGCACACGGGAGAGCGGCCCUUCGUCUGCGGCUGGUCCUUCUGCGGCAAAAGAUUCACCCGCUCAGACGAGCUUCAGCGCCACAAGAGGACGCAUACUGGUGAAAAAAGGUUUGUUUGCACGGAGUGUCCCAAACGCUUCAUGCGCAGCGAUCACCUCUCCAAGCACAUCAAGACCCACUCGAACAAGAAAGCAGUCCCCACCAGCAGCAGCAUGGUCUCCACCGACCCAGCAUCCCCUACAGGAACAAAAGUCAUCACAGGCACCGUGUCAUCCGGUGACCAGCACACCAUUGUCACCAUGGAGACCUUAUCCGCAGAGAGCAUAGCUCGAUUAGCCAGCAGCGGGAUCAGCAUGAUGCAGGUGGACCUUCACCAUAUGAACGGAAACAGCUACUAAGGACUAUGUUGGAGCAGGAGGACAGGCGCUAGUGGAUGAUGCAUUUUGGACAUUUGGGGUAAAAAAGGGCAUGUGGGACUGCAGACACGGAACCUGUCCGCCGGGAGAGGCGGUCUCAAAUGCAACACACGGACACUAUUGAUUAUGACAAUUGAGGCAGGAAUAAUGAGCUCCAUCUUGUAUUUAGAUACCUGUAGCGUUUAAGGGUCAGAGUUGGAUGAAAAUGUUUGGUUAAAGAAAUUGUAUUUCCCCUAAAAUGACAUGUUACUACACCGAGAUUUGACCCACACGCACGCAGUCCUGCUUGAUAGUGGGACUGCAGUAACACACACUGGCACGCUUGAUAUUAAAUUGGCAGCUGGUAAUACCCUCUCCACGAGCUUCUUUAGUAAGGAGAAACACUACUAAGGGACUCUCACUUGUUUCCAAGGCUGUGGGCUUAGCUGCCUGCCCUCCUAAACAUCAGGUGGUUCCAGCCGACAGACGGGGCUGCUGUAUUUGGCUUAAAAGCCCAUAAUGCUAAAUUCAUCCCUAAAAAUCCUAACAAUUUAGAACAAUAAACAUUUUAGUUUUUUCUCUCACAUUUCUGGCUUCACAAACUAACGAUCAGUGUGUUGGGGCUAAUAUGGGAAGGGUUUUAGGAGGAGCGCAGCAGGUCAGAGCCAGGAGUGCUAUUAUCGUGUGAGGAUGUAGGUGUGUCAGGGCACUGAAAUCCUGAGAAUAACUCUUUAACCUCUUGUGUAGGUACCUAUUCAAGCCAUCAAGCUUUGAUAUGUUUAUCAUAGCAAAACAUUUAGAUUGUUUUAUGUAUAUAUCUUUUGGAAAUGUAAAGGCUACAGAAUUUCUCAGCUUGGGCAGGAUCAUCUUUGCAUGAUUGCAGGAGAUUGCCUCUCCGUUGUAUGAACUCCUCAUGCACAAUCACAUCUUAAUCUUCUGUUAUUACUUAUAUAUAUAUAUAGAUUACAUGUUUAAAUUUAAGAGCCUUUCUGCCAUAGAAUAAUGUAUUCUAUACAGUACAGAUCUUCCAAGUGAUUUCCCCUGAGGUAUACUCAUUAUCUUUGCCUUGCAGUCUUGUCAGUUUGUUUUCUUUCGAUGGAAAACUGUUUAUUUUUAGUCCUAUCUGGAGUGAAGUAUUUUGUUAUGUCCAGACAGCAUAAAUAUGUAAGCUCAAAACCAAAGGUUCAUACUCGUUUAAUAAGCAAAACUAGGGAAUCUUUCUUUGGUCCGUCAACUUUCUAAUACUUCUUACUUGUGGUAUGCAGAUGUUAAAGGCCUAACUGGAAACUAUCCAGCUUGAGGCACAGCACCGGACACAAAUCCCUUGGUUAUGGAAUAAAAAAUAAAAAAAUGUUGCAAAAUGUAAUUAUGCAAAGGUCAAAAAAAGUUCUGAAAAGAUCAUUCUCACCAGUUUCAUUGUUUCAGGAAUCUGCUUUAUUGGAAAAAUGAUAUCCUUCUAUUAUGACAGGAAUUGUAUGUUUAUAACUUUCCUUUGAAACUCUAUAAACAAGUGCCCUUAUUUUUCAGCCCCGUUUUAAUAAGGGAUUUUAUAUUGUGUGUAAACAACUACUGCAAAUGCCAACAGCUGGAUUAAAAUUAUGAAUAUACUUUGUCUUUUUUUCCAUCUUGUCUCAAUGAAACAUGCACAACAAUCAGUUGAUUAUAAAAUACUUUAUUCAUUUAAAA